AUGAGAGCAGCAUCUAGGCUUCUGCAGCACAGUCUGCGUCUGACCUUCUUUACUCAUGAACAUUGCACCCUCUGCCAACCCGUCAAAGAUGUUAUGAGCACAGUCUGGGAUCGUCGACCUUUCGGAUACGAGGAGAUCGAUAUUCUUGCCCCUGAAAAUAACAAGUGGAAGCAGCUAUAUGAGUUCGAUAUCCCGGUGCUACAUGUUGAUCGCACGUCCUCGUCAAAUGGGACGACCACCGCAGCCGCUCGCAAAUUGAAGCAUAGAUGGACGCAAGAACAACUCGAGAAAGUCAUGGACGAGGUUGAGAACAGCUGA